AUGUUUGGCCUCAGAACCCCAACUAAAAACAAGCCAUCGCCAUCCACAAGCGUGACGGAUAAAGAGACCGAGGCAGAAUUGCCCUCCGCACGAGAGCCUACCCUGACCCCGGUUAACGAAGCGCAAACAAGUAUGGGGGAAAAGGCGACCAUCUUAUCACAAACAGAAGAGAGUAGGAAAAUAGUAAACAAAGUAUAUAGAUCCCGUAUAACGGAGGCAGCGGCGUUACAACAAAGUGCGCUCGCACAACUUAACGCUGCGAGGAAUCUAAGGGGUGAUAUAAAAACCGCAGUAACGGUCGCGGUUAAAAGCUAUGCAGAAGUAGCAGCAGUUGCGAGGACCGAGCCGAGGAAUGACUGUGCCAGAACCGCAAUCAAUGACCGACCGGACCGGACCGGACUGUAUUCUCUGAUUGUCGAGCCCGGGGAGGAGACCGAAGCGGCAGAGGACACAGUCCAGAAAAUUAGGUGCUCUCUCAAGGCAAAAGACCACGGAUUCAAAAUCGAAAAGCUCCAAAAGAUAAAGGGAGGGAAAGUGGUCAUCGGCUGCGGUACUGAAGAAGAACGGAAAAGGGUGAGGGAAAGGAUAACACACGAAGAUAAUGGACUUACCGUAAAGGAACUCAACAACAAAAAUCCUCUGGUGAGAUUUAAAGACUUAUUAAAGUAUAACACCAUUGAUGAUAUAAAGAAAGCCCUCAAAACCCAAAACAAGGCAACGACCGGAAACCUAACCGGGGAGGACUGGCUGAUGACCGAAAAGCACCGCCAAAACGCUAGAAAUACGCACGAGUGCCAUGUCAUCGUGCAGGUCUCUCCGGGGAUGUGGAAGGCGCUGACACGGGCGCAGAAGGUACACAUAGACCUCCAGAGGGUUUGGGUAGAGGAUCGGUCCCCCUUGUACAGUGCUCUAAGUGUCUCGGAUACGGACACACAAGGAAGCACUGUCAAAUUGAAAAACUAA